UGUCCGCCUGCCGUUGUCCUCGUCGCCUUUCUUCGUCCCUCCGCCGGCUGCCGUCUAACUGUCUCUUCGAUGAAGCGGAUACCCCUCUCCCGGUGCACCUCGCACUUGCAGGCAGCGCCGUCGCCUCGCCGGCCCUCGUGCCUCUAUGCCGCCCAGCGCUCCAUCGCAGCUCGUAGCAACAGGAUACAAGCGCGUUUCCAGGCGACCGUGUCGAUACCCAAUGACGGCGAAUUGGAAGUCGAGCUCCCCGAAGAGCCCUCAAUUGUAGCCAGGCAGCCUGCAAAGCCAAAAACACGGCAAAGCCGCUGGCCUACUCCCCUCGAGAAACUGCCAUCACCACAUCCCAGCGCCGCCGAGCGCUCGGUAAAACUUCAUGCCCUCCGGAGCCGACUGUCUCUCCCGCAGCGAUUCCCUCUCCAGACCCUCGCCCGAUCCCUCGUGCAUCCCUCCGCAGACCCGAAUCCGGCCUUCAACAACGCCUCGCUGUCCAUCCUCGGCCGCCAUCUGCUCGGCUACUACACUACAGAAUGGCUCAUGUGCAACUACCCACGUCUGCCAAUGGCCGUGGUCUUUGCCGCAGUCGACGCAUACAUUGGCCCGAAAGCAUUGGCCACUGUCGCCAGCGAAUGGGGUAUCGAGGCUGCGGCAGAACCUGGAGGUGAGGUCGACCCAGGCCUCCUCCAGUUCAUGAGGAUUCAGUCAGGAGGGGAGCUGCCAGCAUCCCUGAGACGUCAGGCACCAUGGAGCUGGAACGUCACAACAACACACAAGAUUAUGAAGACAGACGAGUUUGGCUCGGACAACGCCGCACCGGGCCCACACUCGCUGAACAGCACGCCAGUGCCAAUGGAGGAAGCGGCACAGUCGUUCGUCAGGGCUCUGGUAGGAUCGCUACACCUGCAGCUCGGCGCGCCGCUCGUCAAGCGCUUCUUCCGCGACCACUUCACAAGCCGACACCUCGACAUUGGCACGCUCUUCGAUUUCCGCACACCGACACGCGAUCUCUCGAAACUGUGCGCGCGAGAAGGCUUCGAGGCCCCUGUUGCCCGCCUGGUCUCCGAGACCGGUCGUCUGAGCAGACACCCCGUGUUUGUCGUGGGUGUAUACAGCGGCAAGGACAAGUUGGGCGAAGGUGCGGGAAGCUCACUGGAUGAGGCACGAACAAGAGCAGCGGCCGCAGCGCUGAAGGCGUGGUAUCUAUACAGGCCACUCGAGGUCACCGUACCCAGCAGCACAGAAGGCGCGCUCGACACAUCGAAGUGGAGGCCGAACAUGAUCGACUGCGGCGAAGUCAUCGUGUAAGAGGCGGAAACAAAAACACACUUUUGGAGUACGGGACGAUUUUUCAGCAUGUACGCAUAGAUGGCCGGCAUCUUCUUCACCUGUACACUUUGGGAUGACAAGACUUUGGGCGCGUAUGUGAAGCGACGAGAAAGUAACACGAGGAAGAAGGGGGAAGGAAGAAGGAAGCUGGACGGAAGAACGGAGGAAGAAGGAGACCAAGAGCGCUGUGUCGUUUUGGCGCAUUGCAUGUACCAUAUGUGACACCAUUUGGGAUACCACUGAGAUCCGGAACUUGUAAAGAAUACGAAGACGAAGUUGCAUUCCAUCCAUUCGACCCUCCCUGUUCACGCUAGCUACUGGUAC